AUGAGCGGUCAAAACAACGAAUGCGGAAAAAACGGAGAAAAGACUAAAAAGAUAAUAGCAUAUAUGCUAGUUGGAUUUUCAUUAUUUAAUACUUUGCUUAUUGGAAUGAACGGGUCGCCGUUUUCCUUAAAUAGGUUUAAAAUACCUGGAAAAUAUUAUAGCCUCUACGUGAGCAGAUUACACAACUGUAUGGAGCUGGCCUGUUUUGUAGGUGUAGUUCUAGGUAAUCUGUAUAUUCUUCCUUAUGGAGAACAAUGUGGGUACAUUUCUAUCGCAAUCAAUUGGAGUUCUUUUAUAGUGAAUAUUGUAUUAUUAGUAUCGUAUGUGACUGGUGGCGAAAAUGGCCAUCUAACAUUUUUUUAUUGGACACUGGCUGCAUCUGCAACAAUCUACGGAUUUAAUCUACAGUUUAUUUAUAAAUUGGGUGGGAAAUGUAUGCCGUACUUUAUGGUAGCCAUUCCCAUUUCCUCCGUUUCAACAUCGUUGAUACACUAUAUAGUCUUGGGUAUCUUCGUUGAGAUCACUAUAUCAAUAAUUUUCACCUGUUUAACUGCUUCCAUGUGGUCAGUUGUAUAUGCAGGUGAAAAUGGUACUGAAUCCCAAGGUUCUGGGAAUGGUUUUCAAUCACAUGUUAUUUCUCCAAUAUUAAUGACAUCAGUAGCUCUGUCUCUUAUUUAUGUUUAUUAUCCGGGCAUUGCUCCAGGCCUUUUGGUUGAUUUUAUUUACGUACACAAGAUUGACAUAGUCCUCAUGUUAGUCGUCCCAAUACCCUCUAUGGUAAUUGCAGUGCUAUCUCAUUAUAAAAUGGGCCCUGAUAAUAAUUGGCAAGGGAAAACAUACUGGCACGGCUUCCUUGUUUUCAUUGUUUCCAUGAUUGUUUGCUCAAUUCUCUUCACAAUUUCUCUUCACUAUCCACAAUCAUCUGUUUCUAGGUCAAUUGUUAAUAGGCCUUUCAUGACUGGCUUUCUCACCAUAUUAUUCUAUAUUAGUCAUGAAAUAAUGCUUGCAGUGGGAUUUCCGAGCAUUACUGAGAAUUGGGACUCAACAGCAGCAACAGGCAAUGGUUUACUUUCCGGAACAGGUGUUAUUAUUUUCGUUUUAUUGGGAGAAGGGUAUAUAACUGAAUACAAGAGACACGAUCCAAGCAAAUGGCCAACGGAUGGAAUGACAACACGAACAGCAUUUUCUUACUGGAUGAGUAGAUCUUUUGCAAAUGCCCUCGAAAAUGUCAAACGCAUUUUCACCUUAGAUGUAAGGAGAGAUAUUUUAAAAUCAGUUCGGAAAAUUGAACUAAUUUAA